AGCAGCACUGCCCAUUGUGAGUAGAUAGGGGAGGAGGAGAGUCCAAGGUGGGGGAAAGGACUCUCCACUCAACAUCAUGCUUUGGGCACUACUGGUUCUCCUCUGCAGCCUCCUGCAUAGUUCAGAUCAGAAUCAUAUGGAUCAUUCAGACAGGUUAUCAGGUGCCUCCUUUCAAAGACUGGAAGUGGCAUUAGGAGGAGGCCAAAGGAGUGCUGAAUGGCUUGACCUUGAAACCUAUUCUGAAGAGUUGAGAAGUCUAGAUAAUGCCCGUCUUCAUCAUACAGCUGUGGAUAAGGGCUCAUGCUCCACCUGGGGCACUGGGCAUUUCUCAACUUUUGACAACUACUUGUAUGACUUUUCUGGGACUUGCAAUUACAUCUUUGCCACCGUAUGCAAUGACGUCAACCCGGAUUUCAACAUCCAGUUCCGUCGUGGGCCAAACAAAAAAAUUACCAGAAUCAUCAUCGAGUUGGGACCCAACGUUAUCAUAACUGAAAAUGGCAUCAUAUCAGUCAAGGAUGUUGGUAUUAUCAGGCUGCCAUAUACCAGAAAUGGAAUUCAGAUUACACCUUUUGGACGCACCAUCCGCCUAGUGGCCAAGCUGAUGGAGAUAGAGCUUGCCGUUUUCUGGAAUAAUGAUGAUUAUCUCAUGGUUUUGAUUGAGGAAAAAUACAUGACAAGAACAUGUGGACUGUGUGGGAACUUUGAUGGGAAAGAAUUAAAUGAGUUUAUGAGUGAAGACAAACUUCUGGACCCUCAAAAAUAUGCUGCCUUGCAGAAAAUUGAUGAUCCUGCAGAGAUCUGCCCAGUUGAGGAAAUGGCAGUUUCUAACGUUCCUCGCAAGAAAUAUUCUAGGAUCUGCAGCCAACUUCUAGGACUCGUGUCUCAAUCUUGCAACAUCUCAAGGAAAGGGUUUGUUAUCCGCUGCCAACUUGACAUGCAAAACUGCCCUGAUCCAGGGCAGAGGAACUGUACUUGUGCUACCCUUUCAGAGUACUCCAGGCAGUGUGCCAUGUCCCAUCAGGAAGUGUCUGAUUGGAGGAGCACUGACCUCUGCUCUUUGGGAAGAUGUCCAGCUAACCAAAUCUACAAAGAGUGUGGUUCUCCCUGUCUCAAAACAUGUUCCAAUCCAGAUUACAGCUGUUCCAGCUACUGUACAUAUGGCUGCUUCUGCCCAGAAGGAACUGUUUUGGAUGACAUUUCAAAAAACCGAACAUGUGUUCCGGUAGAACAGUGUCCAUGCACACUGAAUGGGGAAAUGUAUGCUCCUGGUGAUGUUAUGAAAGCAACAUGUAGAACCUGUAAGUGUAUGAUGGGUCAGUGGAGCUGCACAGAACUGCCAUGUCCAGGCAGAUGUUCCUUGGAGGGAGGGUCAUUUGUUACCACAUUUGACUCUAGGCCAUACCGUUUCCAUGGAGUUUGCACCUACAUUCUUAUGAAGAGUCCUAUGUUACCACACAAUGGAACCCUUAUGGCCGUGUAUGAAAACUCUGGUUAUUCCAGUUCAGAGACAUCACUGACAGCCAUCAUUUAUGUCUCAGGAAAAGACAAAAUUGUGAUUUCCAAAAAUGAAAUUUUAAUGGAUGAGGACGAACUUAAGAGGCUACCUUAUAAAUCAGGAGACAUCAUCAUCUUCAGACAGUCAUCUACUCACAUUCAAAUGUAUACAACCUUUGGGCUGGAGCUGGUAAUUCAAGUUAGUCCAGUGUUUCAAGUUUAUAUUAAAGUUGGACUUCAGUUCAAAGACAAUACCCGAGGGCUGUGUGGUAACUACAAUGGAGAAACCACAGAUGACUUCAUGACCAGCAUGGAUAUUAUUGAAGGAACAGCUCCUCUCUUUGUGGAUUCUUGGAGAUCAGGAAAUUGCCCCCCUGCCAUAGAAAGAGAUACAGAUCCUUGUUCUAUGAGUCAACUAAACAAAAUGUGUGCCGAGACCCAUUGCUCUGUUCUUAUCAAGAAAGAAACAGUAUUUGAGAAAUGUCAUUCUGUGGUGAAUCCUGUUCCAUUUUAUAAGAGAUGUAUAUACCAAGCCUGCAACUAUGAGGAAACCUUUCCCUAUAUUUGUUCCGCUCUGGGAUCAUACGCCCGUGUGUGUGCUUCAAUGGGACUGUUUCUUGGGAACUGGCGGAGUACAGUAGACAACUGCACCAUUUCUUGUACUGGAAAUCAGACAUUCAGCUACAACACUCAAGCCUGUGACCGGACAUGCCUGUCCCUCUCCCAUCGAGGCCUAGAGUGCCACCCCACUGACAUCCCUAUUGAUGGCUGCAAUUGUCCAAAAGGCACCUAUCUCAAUCACAAAAAUGAGUGCGUCCGUAAAUCCCAGUGCCCUUGCUACUUGAAAGACAGGAAGUUCAUUCAUGCUGAUCAGUCGACCAUAAUUGGUGGAAUUAACUGCUAUUGCAUUAAUGGGAAUCUGAGUUGUACUGGCAAACCUGCUGACCCUGCAGAAAACUGCAAGCCUCCCAAAAAAUAUAUUUCAUGCUCAGCACCUUCAGAAAGCAAAUAUGGAGCUGCCUGUGCACCAACCUGCCAAAUGCUGGCUACUGGAAUUGCAUGUGUCCCCAGCAAGUGUGAAUCAGGCUGUGUUUGUGCUGCUGGACUAUAUGAAAAGCUAGAUGGUACAUGUGUGCCACCUGAUGAGUGUCCCUGUGAAUAUGGUGGCAUCUCAUAUGCAAAAGGAGAGGAGAUUCACACUGAAUGCAAGUCCUGCACCUGCACAAGAGGAAAAUGGAAAUGCAUCCAAAAUUCCAGAUGCUCUUCAACAUGCAGUCUCUAUGGGGAAGGCCAUAUCACCACAUUUGAUGGACAACGUUUUGUGUUUGAUGGCAACUGUGAAUACAUACUAGCUAUGGACGGUUGUGGCAUGGGUGGCUCUCCCCAUCAUUUCAAAAUAGUGACUGAAAAUGUUGUCUGUGGAAAUACCGGGAUCACAUGUUCCAGAGCAAUCAAGAUCCACCUUGGGAAUCUGACAAUCACUUUGGCAGACAGAACAUACACUGUCUCUGGUUGGAAUCCUAUGACAGAGUUCUUUAUAGAAGAGAAUGCCCUCCACUUGAUUAUUGAGAUUGCAAUCCCUGGCAAAUAUGACAUGUCCCUUGUCUGGAACAGGCACAUGAACAUAUUCAUCAAAAUAUUCAGAGGAGCAAAGGAUCACCUCUGUGGUUUAUGUGGUAAUUACAAUGGGAAUAUAAGAGAUGACUUUGAAACUCGAAGCAGAUAUGUGGCAUCCAAUGAACUGGAGUUUGUGAAUUCCUGGAAAGAGAAUCCCCUUUGUGGGGAUGUGUUCUUUGUGGCUGAUCCAUGCAGUAACAACCCCUAUCGCAAAGCAUGGGCAGAAAAGAAGUGCUCCAUUAUCAACAGUCAAGUAUUUGCUUCCUGCCACAGCAAGGUGUACCGCAGGCCUUAUUAUGAAGCUUGUGUCCGGGAUUCAUGUGGCUGUGACACAGGAGGGGACUGUGAGUGCAUGUGUGAUGCUGUUGCAGUGUAUGCAAAAGCAUGCUUAGAAGCUGGCGUCUGUGUUGACUGGAGAACCCCAGACUUCUGCCCUGUCUACUGUGACUAUUUCAACAGCCACAAGAAGAAUGCCAUGGAUGGCACCUAUCAUAACUUUGUUAAUGAACUGAAUUGCACCUGGCAUUAUCGCCCCUGUAAAUGUCCAUACCAGCUACUAACCUUCAGAGAAAUAAAUAUCGAAGGCUGUUACAACUGUUCAGAGCAUGACUACUAUAAUCCUAAGGAGAAAAAAUGUGUGCCUUGUAGCGGUCCAGUUUCCCCAACUCCUCCAUUACCAACCACAAGUUCACUUUCUCCAACUACCCCAUCACCAACAACAACUCCAACACAGACCACAGCAUCUCCGAAAACAGCUCACCCUCACCCUGUUACAAGACCGCAAGUCAAAGUAACAACAACAGAGACUGCGCCAACAAAAGCAACAAGCACCAGCAGCACAACAUUAACUUCGCCAAAGGCAACAUCGCCCAUAAAUACAAAGAGCACAGAAUCAACGACGAUAAGACAUACAACACACACAACAAUGAUUACGACUCCACAGAAAACUAUUUCAACAGCAAGCACUUCUGUACCAACAACUUCCAGAACUACAGCAUUAACACAAACGGCAACAACAAGGAGGCCAGAGACCACAAUCUCCACAGCGACUACUGAAUCCACUGUAACAAGCAAACACACCCCAACAACCACGACAGGACCCAUGCCUUCCACAACACCGGUUACCUCAAAACCCUUAAGGAAAACGAGCACUCCAGUACCCACUUCCACAACUCUCACGACUGCUCCCCCUACCAGCACAGAAACGCCCAGCACUCCGGCCACCACAACUCCUGCAACCACCACCGUCCCAGUUACCACGGAAACACCAAAAACCACCACUUCUGUUCCACCACCGGUGCCUACAGGCACCACACCUUCGACAACCAGACCACCAAGCAGCACGCCAAAAACCACGCCAACCACCUCUCCCUCCACCACAUCCAGAACCACUGCAUCAACUCAGACGGCAACCACCAACACGCCAAAGACCACUGCAACAGCCUCCACACCAUCCACCUCUACGCAUCACCCCAAAAUCCUAACCACCACAACCCCCUCCACCACGACAGAAUCCACUGCGACUAGCACACCAACCCCGACAACCACAACAGCACCCGUGCCCCCCUCCACACCGUCUCCUCCGACGCCGUCCACCACAACCACCACCACCUCGCCCACAACCGUUACCUCCACUUCCACCAGCACUCCAGUACCCACUGCCACAACUCUCACGACUGCUCCCCCUACCAGCACAGAAACGCCCAGCACUCCGGCCACCACAACUCCGGCAACCACCACCGUCCCAGUUACCACGGAAACACCAAAAACCACCAUUUCUGUUCCACCACCGGUGUCUACAGGCACCACACCUUCGACAACCAGACCGCCAAGCAGCACGCCAAAAACCACGCCAUCCACCUCUCCCUCCACCACAUCCAGAACCACUGCAUCAACUCAGACGGCAACCACCAACACGCCAAAGACCACUGCAACAGCCUCCACACCAUCCACCUCUACGCAUCACCCCAAAAUCCUAACCACCACAACCCCCUCCACCACGACAGAAUCCACUGCGAUUAGCAUACCAACCCCGACAACCACAACAGCACCCGUGCCCCCCUCCACACCGUCUCCUCCGACGCCGUCCACCACAACCACCACCACCUCGCCCACAACCGUUACCUCCACUUCCACCAGCACUCCAGUACCCACUGCCACAACUCUCACGACUGCUCCCCCUACCAGCACAGAAACGCCCAGCACUCCGGCCACCACAACUCCUGCAACCACCACCGUCCCAGUUACCACGGAAACACCAAAAACCACCAUUUCUGUUCCACCACUGGUGUCUACAGGCACCACACCUUCGACAACCAGACCGCCAAGCAGCACGCCAAAAACCACGCCAACCACCUCUCCCUCCACCACAUCCAGAACCACUGCAUCAACUCAGACGGCAACCACCAACACGCCAAAGACCACUGCAACAGCCUCCACACCAUCCACCUCUACGCAUCACCCCAAAAUCCUAACCACCACAACCCCCUCCACCACGACAGAAUCCACUGCGAUUAGCAUACCAACCCCGACAACCACAACAGCACCCGUGCCCCCCUCCACACCGUCUCCUCCGACGCCGUCCACCACAACCACCACCACCUCGCCCACAACCGUUACCUCCACUUCCACCAGCACUCCAGUACCCACUGCCACAACUCUCACGACUGCUCCCCCUACCAGCACAGAAACGCCCAGCACUCCGGCCACCACAACUCCUGCAACCACCACCGUCCCAGUUACCACGGAAACACCAAAAACCACCAUUUCUGUUCCACCACUGGUGUCUACAGGCACCACACCUUCGACAACCAGACCGCCAAGCAGCACGCCAAAAACCACGCCAACCACCUCUCCCUCCACCACAUCCAGAACCACUGCAUCAACUCAGACGGCAACCACCAACACGCCAAAGACCACUGCAACAGCCUCCACACCAUCCACCUCUACGCAUCACCCCAAAAUCCUAACCACCACAACCCCCUCCACCACGACAGAAUCCACUGCGACUAGCACACCAACCCCGACAACCACAACAGCACCCGUGCCCCCCUCCACACCGUCUCCUCCGACGCCGUCCACCACAACCACCACCACCUCGCCCACAACCGUUACCUCCACUUCCACCAGCACUCCAGUACCCACUGCCACAACUCUCACGACUGCUCCCCCUACCAGCACAGAAACGCCCAGCACUCCGGCCACCACAACUCCGGCAACCACCACCGUCCCAGUUACCACGGAAACACCAAAAACCACCAUUUCUGUUCCACCACCGGUGUCUACAGGCACCACACCUUCGACAACCAGACCGCCAAGCAGCACGCCAAAAACCACGCCAACCACCUCUCCCUCCACCACAUCCAGAACCACUGCAUCAACUCAGACGGCAACCACCAACACGCCAAAGACCACUGCAACAGCCUCCACACCAUCCACCUCUACGCAUCACCCCAAAAUCCUAACCACCACAACCCCCUCCACCACGACAGAAUCCACUGCGACUAGCACACCAACCCCGACAACCACAACAGCACCCGUGCCCCCCUCCACACCGUCUCCUCCGACGCCGUCCACCACAACCACCACCACCUCGCCCACAACCGUUACCUCCACUUCCACCAGCACUCCAGUACCCACUGCCACAACUCUCACGACUGCUCCCCCUACCAGCACAGAAACGCCCAGCACUCCGGCCACCACAACUCCUGCAACCACCACCGUCCCAGUUACCACGGGUAAGUCUCCUUGGUCGCUCUGCAGCAGCAGCUUACAAGGCUUUCAGGAGCCCUCUCUUGCCAAAGGGACAGAGGGAUUCCCACCUCCAGGUCCCACGGCAACCCAAAAUCCCAGCCGUGACGGGAGCCCGCCUUUUCCCUCUCCCACCGCCACCUAUGUGACUUUGCUCUUUUGUGUUCCAGAAACACCAAAAACCACCAUUUCUGUUCCACCACCGGUGUCUACAGGCACCACACCUUCGACAACCAGACCGCCAAGCAGCACGCCAAAAACCACGCCAACCACCUCUCCCUCCACCACAUCCAGAACCACUGCAUCAACUCAGACGGCAACCACCAACACGCCAAAGACCACUGCAACAGCCUCCACACCAUCCACCUCUACGCAUCACCCCAAAAUCCUAACCACCACAACCCCCUCCACCACGACAGAAUCCACUGCGACUAGCACACCAACCCCGACAACCACAACAGCACCCGUGCCCCCCUCCACACCGUCUCCUCCGACGCCGUCCACCACAACCACCACCACCUCGCCCACAACCGUUACCUCCACUUCCACCAGCACUCCAGUACCCACUGCCACAACUCUCACGACUGCUCCCCCUACCAGCACAGAAACGCCCAGCACUCCAGCCACCACAACUCCUGCAACCACCACCGUCCCAGUUACCACGGAAACACCAAAAACCACCACUUCUGUUCCACCACCGGUGCCUACAGGCACCACACCUUCGACAACCAGACCGCCAAGCAGCACGCCAAAAACCACGCCAACCACCUCUCCCUCCACCACAUCCAGAACCACUGCAUCAACUCAGACGGCAACCACCAACACGCCAAAGACCACUGCAACAGCCUCCACACCAUCCACCUCUACGCAUCACCCCAAAAUCCUAACCACCACAACCCCCUCCACCACGACAGAAUCCACUGCGACUAGCACACCAACCCCGACAACCACAACAGCACCCGUGCCCCCCUCCACACCGUCUCCUCCGACGCCGUCCACCACAACCACCACCACCUCGCCCACAACCGUUACCUCCACUUCCACCAGCACUCCAGUACCCACUGCCACAACUCUCACGACUGCUCCCCCUACCAGCACAGAAACGCCCAGCACUCCGGCCACCACAACUCCUGCAACCACCACCGUCCCAGUUACCACGGAAACACCAAAAACCACCACUUCUGUUCCACCACCGGUGCCUACAGGCACCACACCUUCGACAACCAGACCGCCAAGCAGCACGCCAAAAACCACGCCAACCACCUCUCCCUCCACCACAUCCAGAACCACUGCAUCAACUCAGACGGCAACCACCAACACGCCAAAGACCACUGCAACAGCCUCCACACCAUCCACCUCUACGCAUCACCCCAAAAUCCUAACCACCACAACCCCCUCCACCACGACAGAAUCCACUGCGACUAGCACACCAACCCCGACAACCACAACAGCACCCGUGCCCCCCUCCACACCGUCUCCUCCGACGCCGUCCACCACAACCACCACCACCUCGCCCACAACCGUUACCUCCACUUCCACCAGCACUCCAGUACCCACUGCCACAACUCUCACGACUGCUCCCCCUACCAGCACAGAAACGCCCAGCACUCCGGCCACCACAACUCCGGCAACCACCACCGUCCCAGUUACCACGGAAACACCAAAAACCACCACUUCUGUUCCACCACCGGUGCCUACAGGCACCACACCUUCGACAACCAGACCGCCAAGCAGCACGCCAAAAACCACGCCAACCACCUCUCCCUCCACCACAUCCAGAACCACUGCAUCAACUCAGACGGCAACCACCAACACGCCAAAGACCACUGCAACAGCCUCCACACCAUCCACCUCUACGCAUCACCCCAAAAUCCUAACCACCACAACCCCCUCCACCACGACAGAAUCCACUGCGACUAGCACACCAACCCCGACAACCACAACAGCACCCGUGCCCCCCUCCACACCGUCUCCUCCGACGCCGUCCACCACAACCACCACCACCUCGCCCACAACCGUUACCUCCACUUCCACCAGCACUCCAGUACCCACUGCCACAACUCUCACGACUGCUCCCCCUACCAGCACAGAAACGCCCAGCACUCCGGCCACCACAACUCCUGCAACCACCACCGUCCCAGUUACCACGGGUAAGUCUCCUUGGUCGCUCUGCAGCAGCAGCUUACAGGAGCCCUCUCUUGCCAAAGGGACAGAGGGAUACCCACCUCCAGGUCCCACGGCAACCCAAAAUCCCAGCCGUGACGGGAGCCCGCCUUUUCCCUCUCCCACCGCCACCUAUGUGACUUUGCUCUUUUGUGUUCCAGAAACACCAAAAACCACCACUUCUGUUCCACCACCGGUGCCUACAGGCACCACACCUUCGACAACCAGACCGCCAAGCAGCACGCCAAAAACCACGCCAACCACCUCUCCCUCCACCACAUCCAGAACCACUGCAUCAACUCAGACGGCAACCACCAACACGCCAAAGACCACUGCAACAGCCUCCACACCAUCCACCUCUACGCAUCACCCCAAAAUCCUAACCACCACAACCCCCUCCACCACGACAGAAUCCACUGCGACUAGCACACCAACCCCGACAACCACAACAGCACCCGUGCCCCCCUCCACACCGUCUCCUCCGACGCCGUCCACCACAACCACCACCACCUCGCCCACAACCGUUACCUCCACUUCCACCAGCACUCCAGUACCCACUGCCACAACUCUCACGACUGCUCCCCCUACCAGCACAGAAACGCCCAGCACUCCGGCCACCACAACUCCUGCAACCACCACCGUCCCAGUUACCACGGGUAAGUCUCCUUGGUCGCUCUGCAGCAGCAGCUUACAAGGCUUUCAGGAGCCCUCUCUUGCCAAAGGGGCAGAGGGAUUCCCAUCUCCAGGUCCCACGGCAACCCAAAAUCCCAGCCGUGACGGGAGCCCGCCUUUUCCCUCUCCCACCGCCACCUAUGUGACUUUGCUCUUUUCCGUUCCAGAAACACCAAAAACCACCACUUCUGUUCCACCACCGGUGCCUACAGGCACCACACCUUCGACAACCAGACCGCCAAGCAGCACGCCAAAAACCACGCCAACCACCUCUCCCUCCACCACAUCCAGAACCACUGCAUCAACUCAGACGGCAACCACCAACACGCCAAAGACCACUGCAACAGCCUCCACACCAUCCACCUCUACGCAUCACCCCAAAAUCCUAACCACCACAACCCCCUCCACCACGACAGAAUCCACUGCGACUAGCACACCAACCCCGACAACCACAACAGCACCCGUGCCCCCCUCCACACCGUCUCCUCCGACGCCGUCCACCACAACCACCACCACCUCGCCCACAACCGUUACCUCCACUUCCACCAGCACUCCAGUACCCACUGCCACAACUCUCACGACUGCUCCCCCUACCAGCACAGAAACGCCCAGCACUCCGGCCACCACAACUCCUGCAACCACCACCGUCCCAGUUACCACGGGUAAGUCUCCUUGGUCGCUCUGCAGCAGCAGCUUACAAGGCUUUCAGGAGCCCUCUCUUGCCAAAGGGGCAGAGGGAUUCCCACCUCCAGGUCCCACGGCAACCCAAAAUCCCAGCCGUGACGGGAGGCCGCCUUUUCCCUCUCCCACCGCCACCUAUGUGACUUUGCUCUUUUCCGUUCCAGAAACACCAAAAACCACCACUUCUGUUCCACCACCGGUGCCUACAGGCACCACACCUUCGACAACCAGACCGCCAAGCAGCACGCCAAAAACCACGCCAACCACCUCUCCCUCCACCACAUCCAGAACCACUGUAUCAACUCAGACGGCAACCACCAACACGCCAAAGACCACUGCAACAGCCUCCACACCAUCCACCUCUACGCAUCACCCCAAAAUCCUAACCACCACAACCCCCUCCACCACGACAGAAUCCACUGCGACUAGCACACCAACCCCGACAACCACAACAGCACCCGUGCCCCCCUCCACACCGUCUCCUCCGACGCCGUCCACCACAACCACCACCACCUCGCCCACAACCGUUACCUCCACUUCCACCAGCACUCCAGUACCCACUGCCACAACUCUCACGACUGCUCCCCCUACCAGCACAGAAACGCCCAGCACUCCGGCCACCACAACUCCUGCAACCACCACCGUCCCAGUUACCACGGAAACACCAAAAACCACCAUUUCUGUUCCACCACUGGUGUCUACAGGCACCACACCUUCGACAACCAGACCGCCAAGCAGCACGCCAAAAACCACGCCAACCACCUCUCCCUCCACCACAUCCAGAACCACUGCAUCAACUCAGACGGCAACCACCAACACGCCAAAGACCACUGCAACAGCCUCCACACCAUCCACCUCUACGCAUCACCCCAAAAUCCUAACCACCACAACCCCCUCCACCACGACAGAAUCCACUGCGACUAGCACACCAACCCCGACAACCACAACAGCACCCGUGCCCCCCUCCACACCGUCUCCUCCGACGCCGUCCACCACAACCACCACCACCUCGCCCACAACCGUUACCUCCACUUCCACCAGCACUCCAGUACCCACUGCCACAACUCUCACGACUGCUCCCCCUACCAGCACAGAAACGCCCAGCACUCCGGCCACCACAACUCCUGCAACCACCACCGUCCCAGUUACCACGGAAACACCAAAAACCACCACUUCUGUUCCACCACCGGUGCCUACAGGCACCACACCUUCGACAACCAGACCGCCAAGCAGCACGCCAAAAACCACGCCAACCACCUCUCCCUCCACCACAUCCAGAACCACUGCAUCAACUCAGACGGCAACCACCAACACGCCAAAGACCACUGCAACAGCCUCCACACCAUCCACCUCUACGCAUCACCCCAAAAUCCUAACCACCACAACCCCCUCCACCACGACAGAAUCCACUGCGACUAGCACACCAACCCCGACAACCACAACAGCACCCGUGCCCCCCUCCACACCGUCUCCUCCGACGCCGUCCACCACAACCACCACCACCUCGCCCACAACCGUUACCUCCACUUCCACCAGCACUCCAGUACCCACUGCCACAACUCUCACGACUGCUCCCCCUACCAGCACAGAAACGCCCAGCACUCCGGCCACCACAACUCCUGCAACCACCACCGUCCCAGUUACCACGGAAACACCAAAAACCACCAUUUCUGUUCCACCACCGGUGUCUACAGGCACCACACCUUCGACAACCAGACCGCCAAGCAGCACGCCAAAAACCACGCCAACCACCUCUCCCUCCACCACAUCCAGAACCACUGCAUCAACUCAGAUGGCAACCACCAACACGCCAAAGACCACUGCAACAGCCUCCACACCAUCCACCUCUACGCAUCACCCCAAAAUCCUAACCACCACAACCCCCUCCACCACGACAGAAUCCACUGCGACUAGCACACCAACCCCGACAACCACAACAGCACCCGUGCCCCCCUCCACACCGUCUCCUCCGACGCCGUCCACCACAACCACCACCACCUCGCCCACAACCGUUACCUCCACUUCCACCAGCACUCCAGUACCCACUGCCACAACUCUCACGACUGCUCCCCCUACCAGCACAGAAACGCCCAGCACUCCGGCCACCACAACUCCUGCAACCACCACCGUCCCAGUUACCACGGAAACACCAAAAACCACCACUUCUGUUCCACCACCGGUGCCUACAGGCACCACACCUUCGACAACCAGACCGCCAAGCAGCACGCCAAAAACCACGCCAACCACCUCUCCCUCCACCACAUCCAGAACCACUGCAUCAACUCAGACGGCAACCACCAACACGCCAAAGACCACUGCAACAGCCUCCACACCAUCCACCUCUACGCAUCACCCCAAAAUCCUAACCACCACAACCCCCUCCACCACGACAGAAUCCACUGCGACUAGCACACCAACCCCGACAACCACAACAGCACCCGUGCCCCCCUCCACACCGUCUCCUCCGACGCCGUCCACCACAACCACCACCACCUCGCCCACAACCGUUACCUCCACUUCCACCAGCACUCCAGUACCCACUGCCACAACUCUCACGACUGCUCCCCCUACCAGCACAGAAACGCCCAGCACUCCGGCCACCACAACUCCUGCAACCACCACCGUCCCAGUUACCACGGGUAAGUCUCCUUGGUCGCUCUGCAGCAGCAGCUUACAAGGCUUUCAGGAGCCCUCUCUUGCCAAAGGGGCAGAGGGAUUCCCACCUCCAGGUCCCACGUAAGC